AUGGCGUCUACUGCUACUGCUUCUAGGUCAUCAUCAUCAUCGCAACUGGUGCUUCCUUACACGACAUCUACCACCACCACAUCCCCUGUAAUAGCUGGUCAUCGUGGAUUUAAGAGCUCAUAUACUGAAAACACUUUGCUUGGAUUUAGUAAAUGCUUUGAAUCAGGAGCAACAGUUAUUGAAACUGAUUUAUGGUUAAGUUCAGAUGAUGUUAUCAUUAUAUCCCAUGAUAUAUCAACUAAACGAGUAUUUGUUGAUCAAGAUGGUAAUGAAACUGAUUAUAAAGUGACCAAGACACCGUACGAUCCAAUUCUAAAGAGCUUGAAGACAAAAGAAGGUGGGUUUCCUUUGCUUUCAUUUGUUGAUGUAUUGCGUUGGUUCAAAGGGUAUAUUGAGUCUACUGGUUCAAAUGAACACAAGUUACAGCUUGAUAUUAAGAAAUUCAAUCCUGCUAAAAUUUCCAAGUACCUAGUCAACGACUUGUUAAAAGUGCAUAGUGAUUUAUCUUGGUGGUAUCAUAGAAUACAAUUUGGUAUAUGGGAUUUAUCAUUUUUGAAAUAUCUUAACCAAAACGAUUUCUUUCAAGAUAAAUUUGGCAUCGUUAAUGAAUUUGGUUACAAUCAAUUUGAUAUUUUCCAUAUAAGUGUUAAUUGGAGAGAUUCAAUAAACUAUAUAAACUACAACUACUAUUUGGAUGAAACUACCCCCACGAACAAAGUCAAGAUUAAAUUAACUGGGGUUUCAUUACUUUAUAUCGCCACUUGGUCGACUGAAUUCCUUACUAAAUUUGUUCCACUUUUACAAAUUCAAAAUUUGAAGCUAUAUUCGUGGACAGUAAAUAAUAAAUUUCAAUUUGAAUAUCUCGUUAAGGUUGGUAAAUUGGCAAAAUUGGUGGAAUACGGAGUUAUUUCUGAUCAUCCUGAUUUAAUGGUUAAAUAUAAAAACCAUGAAGAUACCGAGAGUGAUACUGAUGUUGAACAAGAGUUGGAAGUAAAACCACUAGUUGCUUAUGAAAGUAAGAAUUUCUACUACAAUGAAGAUGGUGAGUUGAAUAUUGAAUUAACCUGGAAUCAAAAGUUGCUUAAUUGGGUAUAUAAACAGUUUAUGUCCUUGAAUGGUUCGCAAAGGAAAAUCACUUCAGAUGCUCAACGAUUUGCUGCCAAGGUUGAUCCAAAUGAAGUUAAUGAAGUUAAACCAAAUGCCGUGAUUACUUAUCUUUUCCAAAAAUGUCAAAAGUAUGGAAUCUUUUAG